AUGGAGACCCAGAGGGCCAGCCUCUCGCUGGGGCGGUGGUCACUGUGGCUCCUGCUGCUGGGACUAGUGCUGCCCUCGGCCAGCGCCACCCUCAGCUACAGGUAGGCCGUGCUUCGUGCUGUCAAUCAGCUCAGUGAGCGGUCCUCAGAAGCUAAUCUUUACCGCCUCCUGGAGCUAGACCCGCCUCCCAAGGAUGAUGAAGAUCUGGGCACUCGAAAGCCUGUGAGCUUCACGGUGAAGGAGACUCUGUGCCCCAGAAUGACUCAGCAGCCUGUGGAGCAGUGUGACUUCCAGGAGAAAGGGCGGGUGAAACAGUAUGUGGGGACAGUCACCCUGGACCUGUCCAAUGACCAGUUUGACCUAAACUGCAAUGAGUUUCAGAGUGUCAGGAUACGCUGGCCGUGGCCAGUCUGGCUUGGACCCAGAAUCCGAGGUUGA